AAUAAUAUCACAAGUUAAGAAUAGACCGAAAAAGUGUAAACAAAAAAAGAUAAUCGUGUACUAAAUAGUAAACCGAGUUUCGAGACAAACAACGAUAGCAUCGCACACAAUCAUUGAAAUAGUGGAAGCUGUCAAAGAAGCCUGAGUAGUUACCAGAGAAUAGCGAGAAGUAAACGAGUUCUUCGAGGUUGAAGAAAGGAUUUCUACACUAUUACUCAAAAGUAUUUACCCAUCUCAAUUAUUGAGAUGAAUCGAUCGGCUAGAUACGCAUCGUUUAGUGAAACCGGCCUCGAUGGACCCGAUCAAGUACUAUUUACGAACGCAGAUAGCACGUGUAAUGCCGACGGCAGAGUACGCAUAAAGUUAGAUAGCAAUGAAUCCAAUUCAUACCAACCCGUGUCAAUCCCUGGAGCUUUGACUAAAACAGCAAAGCUUUACCCUAAUCACAUAGCGUUGGUGUCUAGACCUGAUGUCAACGGCAAAAGAGCCACGUAUACUUUCCAGGAAUACGAGUCUACUGUAAGAAUUAUCGCAAAAGCGUUUCUAAGGUUAGGUUUAGAACGAUAUCAUAGCGUCUGCAUAAUAGGAUUCAAUAGUCCGGAAUGGUUCAUUGCCGAACUCGCGACUAUAUACGCUGGUGGAAUCGCUAUAGGGAUUUAUACCACAAAUUCUCCGGAGGCAUGCCAAUAUUGCGCUGAACACAGUCGAGCAAAUAUAAUAGUUGUUGAAGAUGAAAAGCAAUUGCAGAAAAUCUUACAAAUAAAACACAAUUUGCCCCACUUGAAAGCAAUUGUUCAAUAUGACGGCAUACCUACCGAAAAGGAUAUUUUAAGCUGGAGCGAUUUAUUGGACAUAGGUACGAGAGAAUCGGAGAAUAAAUUAUCAUAUGUGUUAAAGACGAUAGGCGUAAACGAAUGUUGCAUUGUAGUGUAUACGUCGGGAACAGUUGGAAAUCCAAAAGCUGUAAUGUUAAACCAUGAUAAUGUAUUGUUCAACAUGCGGACAUUGGUACCAGUGCUACAUAUGAAAGAAAAAUCUGAAGUUAUAGUCAGCUAUUUGCCAUUAUCUCACAUUGCAGCACAGCUAAUUGACGUCAUACUAAACAUUAGGUUAGCGAGCACAGUAUACUUUGCAGACCAAAGUGCAUUAAAGGGUACGUUAAUAAAUACGUUACUUGUGGCGCAACCGACUAUUUUUCUAGGAGUGCCCAGAGUAUGGGAAAAGAUAUAUGGAAAAAUGCAAGAGAAAGCGUAUAGUAACGGUGUAAUAAAAACAUGGAUUGCUAAAUGGGCAAAAGAACAAGCUCUUCGUUAUUAUACAAAUAAAAUAAAUGGUAUAGAUUGCAAACAAUGGGGCUAUGUCUUUGCAAAAUGGCUCGUUUUCGACAAAGUCAAGGCAGCAUUGGGUUUAAAUAAGUGCUACCUCUGCAUUACUGGAGCAGCACCCAUAAAUAUCGAUAUUAAAAGGUAUUUCUUGAGUUUAGACAUACCUUUAAUAGAGAUGUAUGGAAUGUCUGAAUGUGCCGGGCCUCAUACAAUAAACGACUUUAAAAAUUAUAGCAUGGUUGGCGUGGGAAAAUCUGCACCUGGGUUAUAUAUAAAAUUAGAUAAUAUUAAUGAACACGGCGAGGGAGAAGUUUGUAUGAGUGGACGACACAUAUUUAUGGGUUAUUUAAAGCGAAUCGAAGAAGCCAAAGAUAAAGAUGGCUGGUUGCAUACUGGUGAUUUCGGUAAAUUUGAUUCAAACGGGAAUUUGUUUAUUACUGGUAGAAUAAAAGAACUUGUAAUCACAAGUGGAGGGGAAAAUGUGACAUCAUACAAUAUAGAGCAAGCAAUAUUGUCGGAAUUAUCAUAUUUAAGUAAUGCCAUGGUGAUUGGAGAUCAAAGGAAAUAUUUAACAGUCCUUGUUACACUUAAGAGUAAUAUGAAUGAAGAGACUGGCGCGCCAUUAGAUACGCUGGCGCCAGAUGUAUUAAAAUGGGCACAGUCUAUUGGUAGUAGCGCCAAAACAGUUACAGAAGUCAUAAACUCUCGUGAUGUAGUCGUAUAUGGAGAAAUCGACAAGGCAAUUAAGAGAGCAAAUAUGCAAGCUAUAAGUAAUGCUCAAAAAGUACAGAAAUUCGAAAUUCUUCCCCAUGAUUUUUCGAUUCCAACCGGUGAAUUGGGACCCACCUUAAAGCUUAAAAGGAAUGUAGUUCAGAAGAUAUACGCUGAUUUAAUAGACAAAAUGUAUGAAUAAAAUUUUAUACUACUGUCUUAUUAAGAUUCAUAAAGUUUUUACAAUAUGUAUAGUUACCUAAAGAUUAAAGCUUAUCAAGAGAUUCAUGAAUGAAAUUCAUUUGUGUAUUAAGUGAUCAAUACAGAUCACAUUAGUUGAAAAGUCACGAAUUGUAUUGGUAGCAUUGAGCAGACACGAUUAUACAGCCAUUUAGUAACGUGAAGCACUGGAGUGGUGAAACGUGAAUAUACUGUAAAUCGUAUUAUAAAAAUAAUGCGCUCGAACUGUUUGGAGAGUUUCGCCAUCACUUUUAUCUUCGUCGUCACAAUAUUGUGCCGUCAGUCCAUACAAUUCAAACUUGGAUUAGGAAUUUUAAAGAAACAAUCUUAACAUGAAAGAAGACAACAAAUCGCACGAGCAAAUGCGGCAAAGGACCGUGAUAACCAAAAUAAAAGUGACGGCGAAAUUUUUACGAGCAGUUUGGGUAUUAUAGUCGUUAUAUUUUUAUAGUUUGUACAAUUUCAUAUAUAUAUCUGUUGCUUACCAUUCCAACGCUUAUGUUUAUUAAAUAACAUCGAGAUUAUACACUAAUGUGUGGUUAAUCCUAUCAACAUAAUUCA